AUGAUCAUUGGUAAAUCACCACUUAUUGUUAGGAACUUGGGUAGACUAAGUUACAACAGAUGCCUGGACAUCCAGAGGUCACUGUCUGAGCCAUCACAUGAUGAUGGAAAGAAUACACUGCUGUUGGUCGAACAUUCAUCACCGAUCUUUACAAUUGGCUCCAAUGAGUGCAAGGAUGGCGUCAAUAUCCUAAAGUCAAAGUCAUCAGAGAUGGGUGUAGAGGUGCACAAUGUAGACAAGAGAGGCAAUGGUAUUGUUUGGCAUGGUCCUGGUCAAUUGACCAUCUAUCCAAUCAUCAACAACAACAAUACAUCAUCUGAGGAGACCAUCAAGAGUCUGUCCAAAGUUGUCAAGAAGACCCUAUCAAUGCUUGGCAUCACCUGCACCAUUGAAUCAGAUGGCAUAUACGUUGGCAACAAGCACAAGAUUGGUGACUUUGAGUUAUUCUCAAAUGAGAUGAUCAAUCCUGGAUUCUCAAUAAAUAUCAAUCCAAACUUGAGCUACUAUACAAAACUACUGGAGUCCGAAAAGAAUACAUCCGUAUGGAAUCAUACCAACCGAUCAAUAUCAAUAGGAGAGGUCCUACCUAUUCUAUUGCAGAACUUUGAUCAAGAGUAUGCCGGCAAUGUCAUCGACUCCAAGAAACUGUACCAAAUGAGGUUCGACCAGUCCUCCACCACCUCUUCAUCCUCUUCACGAACAUCACCAACAUCGACUACACCAAAAGACAACGACGCAUUAAUCAGAGACUAUUAUUUAAGUACACAACCCAGACGACUAUCGAACGCAACACUUUAA